AAAAGAUGGUCUCUUUGAAUUCUACAAAACAAGACAUAGUAAAAUUUUCCUGUCGCCUCUUUUUGAAGAGAAACACACACCGAUGGCUUCUUUCUAUAUCAGACCGGAACUGAGCUUACUAGUCUCAACAUCGACGGGAAAUGAUAAAAAAAUACCAGUUAAAUCAUUAUCGGAGUUAUUCAAAACUAAAAAUAUAGAAAAUCGAGAAAUAUAUGUACUCGCUGAUGCUGGACUCGGAAAAACUGCAUUUUCAAAGUAUCUGGCGAACGUGUGGUGUCAAGCGCAUUGCCCGGAUGAAGACUUAAAUGAUCUUUUGUUAAAAGAUGAUGUAGACUGUAUGCAAGAAUUUGAAUUCUUAUUCCUAGUCUUAUUGCGAGAUUCGGACGAUUUGUGCUCUAUAGAUGAGCUCAUAUUUGAAAAGAUUAUUUCAAAUUUGGGUCUUGAAGAAAGGCUUCCCGAAGAAGUCCUGUUUAAAAUUUUGAAAAAUGAGAAAUGCCUUGUGAUACUAGAUGGACUAGAUGAAUGGACACACCCCGACAAGAAAUGUUACAAAAGGCCACGAUCGAUCCCCCACAGGAAAGACCAAAAAAAGUGUACAGUUAUGACAACCACGCGACCAUGGAAAUUAGGUGUUUUGAACCUUAACUCGUUUGAAGUAGGUCAAAAAGUAGAACUAACAAAACUAAGUGAAGACUCGGCAGAUACACUUACAAGGAGAAUAUUACAAAGACUAAAGUCUCACCAGAAUGAUGAUGCUUUAAAAAAUGACGUCACAAAAUUCAUGAAAGAAAUCAAAAGAAGAAAAAAUGCAGAACUUACUUCUGUGCCUCUACUGUUGAUAUAUACAAUUUGCUUAUGGUGCGAUGGUGUUCAUAUAGGAAAUUCAAAUUCUGAUCUAUAUGUUAAUAUAGUCGAGCUUCUCUUGUCAAGAACGAAUCAGAAACACGGAGAACAACCGGCGAAUCUUUCAUCAACUGACAUCCCAGACUUUUUUGCUAAAUAUGACAACUGUACGAAAUACUACCCACUCCUGGUGCAUAUAGGGAAAUUAGCUUAUUGUACAUUAUUCAACGAAACAAAAGAAAACACGCUGGUAUUUGAUGGAUCAAUUGCUGGAAAAAAUCUCACACAAGACGAGAUUAAAUUCACCCUUCACUCAGGAAUGCUGUCAGAAAGUACAUCCAACACACUAACAAAAAAGAUUAGUAAAGUAUCGUUUUCCCACAAAACAGUUCAGGAAUUCUUUGCCGCCAUAUUUAUAAGUUUUCAAAGAGAUGCUCACAAAACUGUGAAAGAAAAAUGUAGAUAUGUUCAAGACAUUCUGGACAUGUCAAAAAUUUGUGAAUUUAUAAGUAGAAUGAAUGCUGACCGGAUGUGUGCAAUAUCAAAUGAUUUUAUGUCUGUGAUAAAUAAAGACGAGGAAUCACGCGACUAUAGAACUAGGACAGGUCGCGAGAUGAUGUACGUGUACAAUAAUCCUUUGUAUAACAUACAGAAAAUGUUCAUGUCGUGUUUACAAGAAAUCCCUGAAGUGAAAAUGCCUAAACGUAAAAAUUUUCAAUUAUGUUUACAAGAUUUCUUCAUCGUCGGAAGCACCGUGCGCAGUGAGCAGUCACAACAGUUGUUAAAACAAAAUAAAACCAACAUAAAAUCACUUUAUAUAAAAACCAGAGAUACUUCCAGCAGUUUACGUGAAAUAAUAGAUUUAUUCUCUCUCUCAAAUCUAAGUCAGAUACAAAAACUUUACUAUGAUGGUGACAUGAUGAAGGAGGCUGAGAUAAAUCGUAUAUUUUUUCCCAGUUUACAGGUUGUUACUUUGCGGUGUGGUAAAUGGACAAAUGUUGAAGAAAAUCUGAGUGAAAACAUGGCGCAAUGUCAAAACUUACAAUAUUUAUAUAUUGACGACUUCAAGUUAUCUCACAACAUACUGGAAACAUUUUUCAAUUUUAUCUCCUGUCAAAAAUCAAUGAAAGAGUUAACAUUGGCAGUGAUAGGCUGUGAAGAACAUGGCUGGAGUGAUUGUAAGAGAUUGAACUUGGACUUGUCUAAACAUUCAACUCUGUCAAAGUUACACUUGGGGAAGUUACUUGGGAGGCUACAAUUAAAUAUAUCAACACCGUCAUUAGUUAAUGUUACGUUGAUGUACAUAAAUCUAGAUGAAAGUUCAUUGUUACUGUCACAUGGCAUGUUGAAUAUUGAACGUAUGGAUUUUGGGGGGAUAGAAAUGUCUGCAGGAAGCUUACAGAACUUUAUUACCCUGCUGGCAAAUCUGCCGCAGUCAGUUACAGUAAAGAUUGGCGAUAUUGAACCGCGUGUUAAAGAAAAUAUUCGGAGUUCACAAACUUUUCAUGUGAUACAAGAAGAAGGUGAGUGGCAGUCAUUUGAGUUCAAAACAAUAAAACCAAGCAAAGAAUAGACAAGAAAGAAAAAAAACAUUGUGAAAUAAAAUAAAUAAAUUAUUUCAAUUAUUUUAGAUAAACAAAACAAUUUAAAUAUGGACACUUAGAAACAAAUGGCGGCUCUUCAAACUUUAAUUAGGACAGACAUGUACUUCUGUAUUCAAUUGAUAAAUUAAGUGACAAUUGUUUAUAAAUAAAAACAUUUAAUGAAUGGAAAUAAUUCAAGGAAGUUUUGACGGAACUUAAUGGAUAUUAAAGUUGGAUUAGGAUAUGGAAAUAUUUCACAGAGGCCUGAGAUCAAAUUCUUUGUGAUGCAGAAUAUGGAUUUGUGGAGUUACAGAUUAUUUCGAGCAUCAAAAAAUACCAUGUUCCUUUGUUGACAAGAAAAUCAGCUCGAGUAAAUCUACAGUGACAAUGAUGAUUAUGCUUCUACUGGAGUCCAAUAUGAAGUUUUAACACCUGGUUCCUGGCUUAACAGAAACAUAUAAAAAAACAGUGCAUCACCAAUACCUUGUACAAUCUUUUAGUUCCUUGCUGAAACAAAGACAGACCAGCAAACGUUUGCAUCGUUUGUACUUAAACUUGUUU